UGCAAGAGAACUGUCGACAUGGCCGAAGAAAAUGAAAGUAGAAAAAGUCAUGAUUACACUCUAAGGAUUGAAGCGCAGGAAGCCCUGAAAGAAAUUUCUUUUGCAGUUUCCCAUGUUGAAAUUUCCCCAGAGUUGCCUCAAGGGGCGGAAAAAGUUUAUCUAAAUGUGAAAACGCAAGAGGGCGAUGCUUACUGUGUGGAACUUUCUGUGCAGGGGUUCAGAAUAGUUGGCAGAACAUUUAAUACAAUAGAUGACACACCACAGUCAAAAUAUUAUGAAACCAUCUAUGCACUACUGGACCAAGUAAGCCCGAAAUACAGGAACAGUUUCGGGGACACACUUUUGAGGAAACUUGAAAAUUUACAGAAACAGUCGGAAGACAGUGCCCCUUCCUGACCCAGAUUUGUCUUCAGUCCUCGUUGCUACCCUCCCAGUGGUAGUCAGCUGCUGUCUCUGUGCCUAACUGAGUCAAAAUAACCUCAGUUUAUUGAUAGUUGCCAGUUUUUUAAUCUGUAACCUGAGAAAUUGGUGCCUAGCCGCCAGGAUUUUUAUUCAGAUGUGCUUUAUAGAACUUAAGAAAGAGCUUCCAUUAACAACUAGAUUUUGUUUAUUUGUUGUGAAUGCUAGUUUGAUUUUAAGGUUUGCAUUUGGUUAUAGUUUUAGCUACGCCAUUUAGACACACAUUUUAGUUAGUGACACAAAUAGGAAAUGUGGUCUAGCAUCUGUCGUUUUACAUGAAGUUUCAAUAGUACUUGAAGUUGCAAAUAGAUUUAAUUUAGUAAUGCAUCAAUUUGUUUAUAAAUUUCACUGAUCCUAUGCAAGUUUUGUAUAUUGCAGUGCAGGUACAUUGUUUUUAUUAACAACCUGAACCUUAAACUAUUUCUGUCAUUGGAGCGCAUACUAGAUUUUCUGCAGAGUUAAAAGCAAAUAACUAAAAUCCUACAAUAGAGAUUUAUGCACGUUGAUUUAUGGUGUAAAAAAAGGACAAGCCCGUGAUGUUGAUUUCAUUGAGUAGGAAACUUUGAUAUUUUAAAACCACACAAAAAAAUUACUUCUAUAAUUGUUGUCAAAUCUAAUGCACCAUUUACAAAUAAAAAGAUACAAAAGUUGUCAUUAGAUAAAAUGGUCAAUAAUGAAUCGUGAACAUUUUAACAAGAUUGAUUUGAUUUUGAGGUAUAUUUUUCAAAUACCAGUAUUGUACUGGUAGCAUUUUUUCUGAAAAAAAAGCGAUAAGUAAAAAUUUUUUUAAAAAUUAGAUUAACCAUGAUGAUGACAUUUUGUAUUUGGUGAACUUUAAGUUAAAAUUAUACAUUUUAAUAUUUUACAUAGUUAUUUAUUACCCCAUCCUGGAAUAUGAAAGAGGAAAAUUUUAGGGGGUAAUUCUAUUAUACAGUAUUAACAAAAAUAUAAUGUGAUUUUUGAAAUCUGCAUUGUAAUAUUCUUUUUUUUACCAAAGUGUAAUUUUAUUUUACAUUGCUUUAUUUGUCGUUAUUGUUACCUUGUACAAUGAAAAAAAAAAUCAGAGCUUCCAGAAAACUAUCGGUAUGUUUGUUCUUUAUAUGAGGCAAGAGUUCAUUUGAUUUUAUCAUGAAACCUCAGUCAGUCAGCAACAUAUACCACCUUAAAUCUACAGGUGAACGAAUUGGACACCACAACAAAAUUAUAUAAACCACAGCGAUCACACAACCACAAAUUUAAUAACUACAUUGUUAUAUAGACCAAUAUCAAUAUAAAAGUAAAGGCAUCUACAAGUAAAUGUACAUUGUACAAACUGAGCAGGUCACAAACCACCAUUGAUGAUCUGUUUCUGGGGCCAGCACACAACUACAUGUACAUACAAUGAACAAAAUGAAGGGUCCAUGCAUAUACUCUGACAAUUCAAAUAUUCAGCAGUUCUAGGAUGUGAUAUUAACCUGAUAUGACAGAUUUUGUAGUAGUGUACUAAGAUCUUAUGUGGUCUUUCAGACAUUAUGGUGAACUGUGGUGCCGUAUUUUACAUGUAUAAUUAGGGCUGGUUUGAUGGACUAAAUGGUGGAUAAUAGUUGUCAAAUUUAGUGGGUGCAUGUCACAAGAGAACUUGCUGCAACAAAGUUGUAAAUACUUGCAUUCCUAAGAUGCUUCCCUCAGCAUAAAAUGCAAUAUACAAAACUGUUUAAGCACACCUCUUUUAUGUCUUGUAAUCAUAGUUUACUUAUAUCAAGUUGAAUCUAUUCUUUUAUGAAAAUUGAGCAAAAAUUAUUACCAACGUGGUUGCAAGCUUUUAAGUUCUUUUGUAGAACAGACCCAAAACGUUAACAAGACUGAACAAACUUUAGAUCUACUAUCUUCCUCGUAUGAUUUGUCAAACUACUGCAAAUGUCCACAAAUAUUUUUGUAUUCCUAAUACAUGUACCAGUAUUGAAAAUAAAAGAGUUAAGCUUGUUGUAA